UGGUCGAAAUCCAUAUCUAUAUCUAUCUCUUUUUUUUAGACCAAUUAGACCAAAGAACUUUUUUUCCCAAGCACACUAAGAAUUUUGAGCGAUCCUGUCAUUUUGUUUAUUCUCGAGUGUGAGAAAAAGGCACAAUGUGCAGUAUUUGAGGUGAAAAUAGUGCAAUAAAUCUCAAGUCCACGCAUCAACGGUGACAAUGAACUUCUCAGCAUUCGGUGGACCCUUCUCUGGCAUCCACCAGUUUGCCGCAAAGUUCGGCAAUGACUCCACACAACUUGGCUCUUAUGCGGCGAACGCGUCGUCGGAGUCCGGGGCUCAGGACACCCGAUAUGCCAAUCCUAAUCACUUUAGUCAGAAUCCAGCAGUGUCUAGUCCGAAUAUGCAGUAUGCUCAGAACAUCUCAAUCCCUUAUGCGUCUGGGCAGCCAUCGCAGAAUGAGCAUCUCUUUCUGCAUGACAAACAGAAGAGUGUGGGCCUCAAGUUGGAUCGCAGUCGGGAUGAUGCUGUAUUGAAUCAGCAGAUCCUGCAAAAUGUCAAUCAGUCCUGGCAAACCCUGGCCAAUCCAGCCAAUUCCGUGGACUAUUCCUCCCAUUUGCUCUCAGCCACACUGCCCAUCUCCAUCCAGCACUUCCUCAAGUAUUCAGAAUCCAUUAAGAAGGAGUCUGGCAUCUCAGGGACUGGCCCGUCCGGCGCAGCCAAUGGCGCCGUCACGAGUGCCGCUUCGAGCCUCUUGGCCGCCAAUCUCAGUCAUGAGCUCGAAGCUGAUCUCAAUCCACCCACAUCCGUGGCCAGUGGACCACCAGCAGCAGCUUCUGGGACAACUGGCACCGGCAAAAAGAAAAAGAAGAAGGCACCUAAGCAGAAGGCCCCCAGGACGGUGAAAAAGCCACGCCCCAAACCUGGAGAGAUCCGGGAGACAAAGGCUCUCGAUGGAUCAACACUCUACUGCUGUCCGGAGUGCCAGAUGGCCUAUCCGGACAGGCCGCUGAUUGAACAGCACGUCAUUUCGCAUGCCAUAGAAAGAAGAUUCGUCUGCGACAUUUGCAAUGCCGCUCUCAAGCGUAAGGAUCACUUGACAAGACACAAGCUGUCUCAUAUUCCAGACAGGCCGCACAUUUGCAAUAUCUGUAUGAAGUCUUUCAAGCGCAAAGAGCAAUUGACACUGCAUAUCGUUAUCCAUUCUGGUGAGAAGAAGCACAUAUGUCCGGAAUGUGGCAAAGGCUUCUACCGGAAGGAUCACUUGCGCAAGCACACUCGAAGCCAUAUUGCACGUCGGGUGAAGUCUGAGGUAUCUGCUCAGGCUGUUGGCACCACAGGAACGGGCAGUAGAAGUCAAAUACAUGCUUCCUGAGCCUCGUACAAAGACUUCUGGUAGGUUGGACGAUUGAUCAUUUGCAUCCAGCAUCGUGAGUAAGCAAAAAAAAAUGUUUUAAGCGAGUUCUGUGCGUGUUCGUGUUUGUGGAUAAGAAAAAAAGUAAUAAGUAUAAUUCAAAUGAAUAUUUUUAUCCCAGUGUCAUUUAGUUUUAAUAAUGACCAUUUAUUUAGUAAUGAAAAAAAAAUUACAACUCACGAUGCUGCUGGAUCUUAUGACAAGUAAAAAUAAAAACAAAAAAGAAUGACAAUAUGUCCAUUGUGACGGAGGAUUCUUUAACCUUUUCUAAAUUGAUGAAAGAAAGGUGAGGAGAAGAAAAAAAAAGUAUUUUUUAAAAGGAGAAAGAAAAAUAUAUAAAAUCCUCCUGAAGUAAACCUACCAGAGAGUCUAUAAAUUUUAGAAAUUAAUUAAAACCACCAGUUUAAUUGA